AUGAGCCCCGAAAAAGUUUUUGGCGUGGCGCCAUCCGUCAAAUCACAGUGGGCGGCCAUUUGCUACACGCCAAAAAAAGUUGUCCAUGGGGCGAGUUUUUUCCCGUGUUUCAGGCCCCUUAUUCUUUCAUUCCCAAAUCGUCUUCUUGUGCACAAGCAGACAAGGUCGCAUCGCCAUUGAACCGUUAUGUAUGACCAAUUGUCGAAAAUGUCUUUUGAUGUGUUUGUUCAAAACCGAGAAAUUAAUGGCUCCUUGUCAAAUGAAUUCUCGUUCUUUUUUCAGGGCAAAUGCCAGUUUUCUGGCCGAAUCUCGAUUGCGGAAGGACAGAAACUGUUGGGUUUGAAAGAGGUCGGGAAUUUCAAAGAGUCAGAAAAUUAACUGUGGUUUUGUAGAAUAUUUGAACCUUUUCAUCUUUUUUGACUUAUUUUGGUUCAUUAUACUGAGAAGCCAUGAUUUAAAAUAAAUGUUCGCAGUUUAGUAAAGUUUCUGACCUGGCAUAGGGAGCAUUUUUACUCGGGGAAAAGUCGGAAUGGUGGAUAAUGGCCGCAAAAAGGGAGAAAGCUCAAAAAAGGCCGCAGAAAAGAAGCAAAAAAAGUCCCUUAAUCGAGCCUUCCCUUUUUUCUAGAAUUUUGAAGGCUCAAGAAAUGGUGGAAAAAGGAGAGGCAGCGAAAAUGGUGCAUAAAAGUUGAUGAAAUGGCACAAAAAGGCAGCAAAAAAGGAGUCGCUGUCCAGCAAAAGAAAAGUUCCUGUGAAGCCCUUUCCCACCCACUUUGCCUGUAGUUUUAUAUAAAUUAUCUCAAGAAUUCUUCGAUCGACUGGGAAUCCAACCCAGAUAGCGUCGCACGAACUCCUAUUCUAGGAGUUAGGAAUUUUAAAAGUUCGUGUUUGACAGGAAUCGGAUCUGAAAUCUUUAUUUCGCAACUUCGAAAAUUCAUAUAUCAAAAAAUAGCAGUUUUCGUAGAAUGUGUAUUCGAUUCCCAGUCCAUCGAAGAUUGUUUUAGUAAAAUCAUGGAAAAAAAAAACCAGAAGACUAGGUAGAGCGUCCCCCCCUUUGUGAAGACUUUGCAGUACUUUAAAAAAAGGAAAAAUGCCGCCACAAGCAUAAUAUAAUAGGGAGCGGGAGAGAUACUUUUUUAACUUCUGAAGCAAACUGGACGUUUCUAAGCAAUACUAGGGAUCACUCAAGAGUGCUGACAUUGCUAAAGGGACUACUAGAAAUGCAACAUCCAGGACGCGUCCGGUUUGCGUUACCUAGUUUCAAGAAACUAUCAAAUUAUAAAUGGUUUCUUCAAUUUAUAUUUUUUGGAAAUUGGCUGUUCAAGAAAAAGAGAAGACUUUCUGUAGAGCAAACACGUUUUUCUGCUAUCGGAGAGCCAAUUUAUGUGAGGAUACGGUAGGUAUGAGACGUUUCAGAGGAACACGAAUUCAUAUGAAAAAGUUCGAGAAGUACAGAAGAGUCGAUAGAGGCUGGAGUGUUAUACUUGAAAAAAAAGAAGAAAAAAAAAAUCUUGGGGCAAGAUUAUUCGACCGCCGAAAAAAACUAGAAGUUAUUUCAAUAAAAAGGCAUCUCAGCAUUAUAAGCUUGCAUUGCUAGGUCUUUAAGUUAGGCGUAAUACGAUUUUUUGAGAAGAUUUUAGUAGUCUUAAUUUUCCUCGAGAUGAAGCCGCUUAGGUUUUAAAAACCUUGAGUUAGCGAGAAUCGAAUGUAUCCAGAAUUUUCGAAAAUAAGUUAUUUUAAAAGAACAGAAAAAGAGAAGAAGAGAGCGAAGUUUUAAAAUUUUAAAGAACAGGUUUUCCUAAGUGGUUCAAAAAAAGCGGCGUUCAAGAAAUACUUAUAAUAAUCCUUUCCAACGUUACAAAAUGGCUAAAGCGAGAAUCCUUGAUGAGCAGUUUUUGGAAGCCAUCAAAAUUUUUUAUCUCGAGAUAACUUGAAAAAAAAAAUAUACGUUUCUUCAGCAGUAGAACUACUUCCAACAUUCUAGACAAGUCUCCAAAAUUACAGUCGAUACCGUACUCCGUGGAUGUUGAAAAUGGACGACGUCCUUCGCGACGACAUCAUAUCGCGCGGACCAAUUUGAUGCGAAAACGAGGUCGGCGGUCGUUUCGCCUCGAAGAAGAGCUACCGUAG